AAUUAAACUACGCGCUAAUACUGCAACACGCACGGUUGUCGUAGUUAGGUCGUUGCCGGUUCGAUUCUCGCGUCGGAUAUUUUUGUAUCUAUUUUUCUUGAUUUGCCUAAUUUUUUUCUCACCCCCCAUGCCUCAGAAACCAUGUAAAGCUGUGAUAUGGUCUUGGGCCUCGCUUCUUACAUACAUACGCAGUGCAUCUGUGCUCACGCCGAUAAGUAUGUGCACUAGCACUAGGGAUAUUAGUUCUAGCUAAGAAGUGGACUAGUUUUACUACGCAGAUUAGCAACCGUGGUCCAAAUCAAUCGACACUAGACAUUAUGGAGUGCACGAUUUCACUAAUAAAAUAAAACGAGUUAAAUGCGAAACCUAAAACAGUAAAAUAUGAAUGCAUGUAUGUAUAGUUUAUUGCGCUCGUGUGUAGGUAUAUAUAUUAUAAUGAUGUUUCUUUAUGUUUAUCACUAAAUAUAUAAGUGUAUCUAUUUUAAUUAAGUACUCAAUUAAUUCGUUGCUUGCUUCUUGCUCACACCAUUGACUCUUCUCUGCAACACCCAAAGGUUAGACUGGGAGAAAAUGCCUGCGACAUUAAGUCCACCUUAUGUACAUUUUGUGCAUGAAGCUUAAAUAAAUAAAAAAUUAAAUACCUACGUUUAUCCACUAUAGCUUACAAUUUUGCAUAACCAUUACAUUUGUUCGUCUCGUGCAAUCGUGAAGCCAGCGCCUAAACUGCUCUCUGUUUGAUUUGGGCCGUAGAAGUUUCAAUUUGCUGUCAUUAUUUUGGCAUUCACACUCUAGUCUAGUCUGUGGUCUAUUUAUUUUUGGAACUGGAAGUCCGUGAAAAUCGAGGAUUUUACGUUUUUAAAUUAGAACAUGGUGCUAGAAAAUAAAUAAAAUGUCAACCGAAAAUUGCUUGGUGAAAGCAAUUUAUUCUUUCAAGGGAAAAAAUAAUGACGAGCUAUGUUUCAAAAAAGGCGAUAUUAUAACUGUUACCCAAAAAGAAGAAGGUGGAUGGUGGGAGGGAACUUUAGGCGAGACUACUGGCUGGUUCCCAAGCAACUAUGUGACUGAACAUAAAGAUCCAUCGGGUAGUGUGACAACAUCCCCUAUAAGAGCAGCAUCAGAAAUACAGGCGUUCAGAAAUGUAGUUCUCAAAGAUAUAAUAGACUCUGAGAAGGCUCAUGUAGCUGAAAUGCAGGGACUUGUCAGCAAUUUCUUACAGCCUUUGGAGAAAAGUGAAAUGCUGACAAGAGAUGAAUUCAAGCAGUUGACCGGCAAUAUAAAUGAAGUGCUUCAAGUACAUGAGCAGUUCCUAGCAUUAUUAGAUGAAUGUGCGACAAAGACUGGUCCUGAUCAAAGAGUAGGCGGGCUGUUUUUACAAUGGGCACCAAAAAUUAAGAGUGUACAUCAAAGUUAUUGUGCUGGCCAUCCAAAAGCAGUUUGUAUUCUGGAUAAAUACAAGGAAGAACUGAAUACAUGGAUGGAAGAAGCUGGUGCUGUAUGUCCUGGGGUGCUUGUCUUGACGGCUGGCUUAUCAAAGCCAUUCCGGAGGUUGGGGAAAUAUCCUGCAAUGCUACAGGAGCUCGCAAGGCAUGUCCAUGAAGCACAUCCAGAUAGGGGUGACACUCAUCGAGCAUCUGUUGUGUACAAGGAUAUAGCUAGUGGUUGUGCUGCAUUACGGCGACAAAAAGAGUUAGAGCUACAAGUGGUUACUGGCGAGGUUCGCGGCUGGCCAGGAGGUGAACUGGCAUCUCUUGGUGAUGUGUUACAUAUGGGCAGUGUAGCUGUAGGCCCCUCACAUCAAGACCGUUAUCUUGUACUCUUCCCAUCAGCAUUACUCUUGCUUUCUGUCAGCAAGAGAGUGUCUGCAUUUGUGUAUGAAGGUUGCCUUCCACUAACUGGCAUCACAGUCUCUAAAUUAGAUGAUACAGAUACCAGAAAGAAUGCAUUUGAAAUAGGCGGACCAAUGAUAGAUACGAUUGUAGCCGUGUGUCAAACAAGAGCUGAAGCUGACAAUUGGGUCAGUCUGUUACAAAAACACUCCAACACCAGCAGCCCUGCUCAUGAGCCUGGACAACCGCAAUCAUUGCCACAUCUGACGCGCUCUCCUUCUGAAGGGGCGUUGUCUAGCAUCAACUCUAGUCGCCGCAGCCUUUAUCACGUCACGUUGCCACCGCCUAGCUACCCUUCUGCAUCUCCUUACUACUCGUUAACCAAAUAUUUUGCGAGACUUGUUAAGAAAAAAGUUAUCACGAGACAGAUGUUACGCAAACUUCUGCAUGAAAGGACGUGGGCUAAGGCUUUCGAGUUAACUGGAUUACCCGUCAGAAGGAGACAUAAAAACCAUAUACGUCUAAAAAUAGAAAAUGAUGGCACGAUCGGCGCUGACGCGGAUUAUUCUGACAGUGAUGACAGCGAUAGAGAAACGGACGGCACUGAGUCAUACACAAGCUCUAGCUGCACGGAUGCAGAAGCAGUCAACUGCUCAAAAAUUUUGAGACAAAAUGCUAUGGAAAGUCCGCGAACAAUAUCGUCAUGUAGUAGUUGGGGUAGUAACUUUGGUUAUGUGCGUUAUUUUGAUAAUAAUGCCUCUGAUAUGCAUUUGGAUGACUCGCAAUCAACACUCAGAGCUGAUUGUACACGUGACCUAUUUGAAGGAAUCUCUAUUGGCAGUAAGAAACCUCACAACACCAUAAAUACUAUAGACAGUGGUCAACAAUACCAGAAAUCUUCUCUAGGAGGAGGAAUUAAGAAUUUGUAUCCUUUUGCCCCACAUUCCGAAAGUACUGAGAAUUCCAGCUUCGAAGUGAGAACGUAUAUGGCAUGUGAAGAUUUAGUUAAUAUGGAUCAAAGUACACAAAUUGACAUACUUGGCAGUGAUGAAAAAGAUUUUUUGCCAACAAGAAGGAGUUUUCCAAAUGUAAGUGCUAAAAAUGAAACAGUCACGAAACUCUGGAAAUCUACCGAGGAAAGUUAUACGCCUGAAGAAGAAAGUGCUGAUGAACAGCUAACGUCUGAUGUGUUACAACUGUUGGCUCCUCCGUCACCGAAACAAAGUUACAGUCCUAUAGAAUCUAUAAUAUUAGAUCCGCCGCCGAUGUUUAGAAACGAGGAGGAAAACAUGAAGAUAAUUAAUGUUAAUCUAAAUACCAACGUGCCUUUCCGAAAGCAUUCAUUAAAUUCAGACAAAAGAAUAAGACGUUCGAUGUCAAGGUCAAUGGUGGAAACUGAGAACUAUCAUAGAAAUGAUGAUGAUAGGAUACACAGAAUGAGCUCUCAAUCAGAAAAUCACAAAAUGCAUAGAAAAUGUGAAUGUUGUAACAGAUCAGUGUGUCCCAGCCCUCGAUCGUCUGACUCAGGUGUUGUAGGUAGCUGCAACUUAGCUUCGCCAGAGUUGAACAUGCACGAAUACUCGAGUUCUGGUACCACCGGGAAUGAAUCAGAUAGUCACGACAAGAGUUGUGAUAAUUCAAAAGGUUCAUUAACCAAUUUAUCUCAGGGCAGUUUUGAUGCUGACCAUAGAAAGAAAGUGACGUUAUCUGAAAUAGAAGCGGCCACGUAUGAAGAUCAGUGCAGGUGCACUUCGCCAUUUGGUUCGACUGCUAGAACUUCUUGUGUUACAAGUGUCACCUCAGAGAACAGCCUCGAUGUCAUGGAUUCAUCAAACAUGAAUUUAACAUCUACGUUUACUGCGUCACCGUCAGUACCAACAACGCAAAUAAAACGAACUUCUAUUAGAAGAAACAUCGAACGCUACGUGCCAGAGAUCAGACUAAAACCUGAACCUCCACCUAGGGUGUACAGGAAGCCUAGUACUCACAUAGAAGUUCCGAAGAAUGUUCGUCAACCGAUCCCCAGUCAGUGGAGUACUUUGAACAUAACAGAAAAAUCAAAGCCUAGCCUACAUUACCACAUGCGUAUUUAUCGUGAAACUCCAGAAACCAAUAACAUGCAGAGGCAGUCUCGGGCUAACGCACCACGCAACCGAGAUGUUUUUAACAAGGAAAACUUACAAAGUAUGAAUGAGAAUAACUUGCAAAUGCGCAAGGCGAGGUCUCGCAGUGAAGACUUGUCAAAAGUGCAGAAGGGUUUAGCUGAAGCCCAAAGCGGCUUUGUGGUGUAUCGGUCAGAUUUGUACGCACACUGGUGGAUGAAAGCAAAGUUACCCAUUACCGUGGUCACCGACUCAGGCAAGGAUUAUUCUUUUGUAAAGAGCUACUGAUUUGUGUCACUGGUUUGAAGAUAAUAUUGCCUUGAGGAUUUGUAACCAUUAGAUUAAUACUGUCAUUAGAGUUACCCCAGUGUUGCAGUGCUUUACUUGAUCAUCCUUGCCUGUGUUUAUUCAUCAUACUAACUAAAAAACAAUCAUGCAAGUAGAUCUCAUGUAAUUAUACUAACCGAUUAAGAUGAAAAUAUUGCAUGGUAAGGCUUUAAUGACCUAUUUCCUCACGCCAAUAUCCGGACACACAUUGAACAACCCAGUGUUUGAAUACCUUAUUUUUUAAACCCAUUUGAACUGGGAUAAAGAAUACGACUGCGUCGGCAGAUAAUUACACAAAUGCAGAUGUUGGAAACUGAUGACGAAGCAGCUGGCGAGUGUCCGCUAGAUAUCCUUGCUUAUUUAAGAUAAUUAAAAAUGUUUGAACAAAUGCUGCUAAAGAAGUUGUAAAUUAUUAUAAAACUACGUGCACAAAUGUAUCUACUUGCUAACUGACAGUUCUACUUAGUCUGCUGGUACAAGUU